AUGGAGGACAUCCAGCAGCUCUUGUUUUCCCGCUCCGUUUGUGGCUGUGCCGGUUCUCAGUCCAGCCUCUUCACACUCAGCUGCAAACCACUGCUGCUUCUCUUCUCACUGAGUAUGGAGACACUGGAGGAAGCUGAACUCUGCUUUCCACAUCUCCUGAACAUCUCAUGCAAAAGGCAAUUGCAGAAUCGUGGUCCAACUAUCUUCGUUUACGUCAUACUGUCCUGCAUCUCUUUGCUCACUGUGAUGCUGAAUCUGCUCGUCAUCAUCGCUAUCUCCCACUUCAGGCAGCUCCACACCACCACCAACCUCCUCCUCCUCUCUCUGGCUGUGGCAGACUUCCUCGUUGGCCUCCUGCUGAUGCCUGGUCAAAUCAUCCUCAUUACUGGCUGCUGGUUUUUGGGGAGCUUGACUUGUGCUCUGUUUAACUAUCUGAGUUGUAUUUUGACAUCUGCAUCAGUCGGAACCAUAGUUCUCAUAUCAGUUGACAGAUAUGUGGCCAUUUGUGACCCUUUGUCUUACUCCACCAAAGUCACUCACCAACGAGUUCAAAUAAGUGUGUGUGUGUGCUGGGCCUGUUCUCUGUUCUAUAAUGCUGUAAUGCUACACGUCUUCCUGGAAAAACCAGACGCACAUAACUCCUGCUAUGGAGAGUGUAUAGUUGUAAUUGACUUAAUAACAGGAGCUGUUGAUCUUGUUUUGACCUUUGUUGGCUCGAUUGCUGUCAUCGUAGUUCUGUAUAUCAAAGUAUUUGUGGUGGCUGUGUCUCAGGCUCGAGCCAUGAGGUCUCAUAUUACAGCUGUCACAGUCCAGGGCUCAGUUACUGUAAAUGCUAACCAAUCUGUGAGAAAAGCAGCCAGGAUUCUUGGUAUUGUUGUGGCUGUCUUUGUGAUAUGUCUCUGUCCAUGUUUUUUUCCCUCUCUCACAGGCAUGUCACCAAGUUCUGCUUUUUUAAAUUUUGGACUCUGGCUUCUUUAUUGUAACUCCUGCAUCAAUCCAGUGAUCUAUGCUUCUUUCUAUCCCUGGUUUAGGAGAUCUAUCUUUCUCAUUGUUACACUUCAGAUAUUGCGGUAUGACUCCUGUGAUUCACACAUAUUGUAG